CGACUUCAUUGCAAAGAUUAAAAUAUAGGGGAAUGCAAUGCGCACAUCAUUCAUAUCAUGGGUUUCGUCACCAUUGUGUUGGUUUUACUUCUUCCAAAUUCAGUGCGCUGCUGGUGUCGACCCAAUGAAAGGGCUGACUUGAUUUUUAUAUUAGAGGAAUCUUACAGCACAGCGCCCACAGAAUGGGACUACCAGAAACAUGUCGUGUCCAAGUUCGUAAACCAGAUGUACAUAAAUCCGAAUAAUGGAAUCAGAGUAGGAGUUGUCACUUACAACACAGAGCCAACAUCUCGCUUCCAUCUCAACACACACACUACCAAGGAAGCCAUACAGAGCGCCAUUAUGGCGAUUUCCACCGACAGAAAUUCGAACCUGUUCGAAAACGACACCGAUUACUCCGACAGAGCUCUCAGCUACGCGUACACGACCAUGUUUCAGGUGAAUAAUGGCGACAGGUCUGACGCCCCUAACUACUAUAUCUACACUUCUGAUUCUCUGUUUGAUGACGACAAUCCGUACACUGAAGUGAAUACUAUCAGAGGUGCAGGCGAUAACUAUGUCUGGGCUAUUGGGGUCAGAGACGCGGCUUCACAAUCCAAACUGUCCCAGUCAGUAGGGGUUGACGGAAGGUACUUUACAGGGUCCUCUUUCAAUGCCAUCAAUACAGAUGACUUUGCCGUGUCGCUGUGGGAGGCUUUCAGCGGCUGUCCAAUCACAGACCCAGCCAUAGGAAAAUACUAUUGCUUUAUGGUCCCUCUGUUGUACUUUGAGGAUCCCAGUGCAGCCUCUGCCGUCACUGAAGUCUGCGAGCAAGACCAAGGCAUGAUGUUCCUGAUGCAGGACUCCCUGUUUGAGAUCAACUGCUGUGGUCUGAUAACGGCAUGGGAGUUUUAUCCGUGUACUGUAGGGAUCGUGCAGUUCAUGGUCUGGACCUUCAAAUCAGGAACGACGUACGAACUCAAGGCCAUACAGGAAGUGGAAGUCAUUGACUCUGAUCUGCAGGGAACUGUUCAGGCAUUAAACUAUACGGUUCCCGAGGACCAGCGAAUCGCCAUAGUGGCUGGGGAUAGGAUUGGCUGGAGAGUUUCCUCAAGCAACAUAAUUUCCUACCAAGCUUGUACAAUUUCAACUGACAGAUUUUGUCCGCAGAACGUAUACCGCACUCAAUAUUCAAAUGAACCAUACGAGUAUAUGCAAUUUGAUUGGUCAACAAAUACAGCAUCAGUUGAGAAAUUGACAGAAAGAGGCUACACCGUCAAAGUGUACGCAAAUAACAAUACCCAGGUUUCGUUUGAAGAGACCAACUAUUUGACGUCUGCCGCCGACCACUGGCCAGUGGGGACUAGUUUUACCUCCUACGCCAUCCAAGGACAAGAUUACAAAGAAAACGUUACAUUUUCAUGGGUACAGCAAAACGCCUAUAUUGAUCUGAACGAGUCAUACAGCUUUAUACAAGUAGCUCGACAACUGGAGCCGUCCGAGAGCACAAUAGGUAUGGCUGGAUAUUUGGCGAAAUUGAAAGUCCAGGACACCUGCCAAAAUUCAGCAACAGCAACUUUCAGUGUGGAAACAUUUAACGGGCCACCAGUCAUCACCAAUUUCCCCAAGGAAAUGUCUCUACCAGAAACGCAGGCCGGAAGUGAACUGAUUUACUCAGUGAAUGUGUAUGAUCCCACAGUGCCUCCGGACGCCGUUUGCUGUACCCUAGAGAGUGUUCGACCUCAGACGAGCAACUUUGAACUAAACCUCAUGAAUGGGACAGAAUUCAGAAUUUUUACAUAUGAAAAGCCAAUCUUUGCCUUCCGGGAUGUCAACUCUUACAUGUUGACUGUGUGUUGUGAGGAUGGUUUUGGAACUGUUAAAGGAAUUUUGAAAAUCGAUAUCACAGAGGUCAAAGAAAAGGAAUUAUAUACGCCUCCUUCUUGGUUCUACACCUCAUUGAUCGCCAGCCUGCUGCCUAUCUCCAUCAUGUUCAUUCUAUCCUGUUGGCUGCUGUGCUUCACCAUGUUUUGUAUGGAUAUGUGAUCCCGGAUUAUCAUCAAGAUGGACAUAAACUAUCAUAAUGUUUAAACAUCGAUAUGUCUCUGCCAUACACAUGUACAUGGUUUUACUUAGUAGUAAACUUAGUUUGCAAAUACAUCUUUAUUAUAGUGAUCUUUUGAUCAUGUCCAUAUUUCCAAAUAUUGACACCUCCAAAGCUGACAAAGCUUGUAACAACAUUGUCUUUGUAAGGCUUAUUAUUGCAACUGUAUUCUAAACCAACUUUGGCAUUAAUUCCAAAUUUGGUAAUCGUACUUACACCUCAAAUGCCCUUUCAAAAGAUGAAACUCGUUAUAACAAUCUAGUUUGCCAAUACAACCUGCCAUUGGAUCAAAUGUUUUAUACCUAUUGUUAGGUCGUUCUUUAUACACUGAUUUUGACUACGGAUUACUCCGCUGAACUGAUCAAAAUACGGGGUUUACAGCGGGUGCCAACAAGGGAUGUUUACUUCCCCUAGUCGCCUGAUCCCACCUCUGGUAUAUCGAAGGGUCCGUGUUUCCCAACUCUUAUUUUUGUACUCCCUACAGGAGUUAUGAGGUUGAGCAUUGUUCAUUAUCUUCACCUUUUCAUAUGCAUGUCCUGUUAAAAUAAAGGUAACCACGUGCACUAUCCAUGAAAGCGUUAGUUUUGGCAAAACCACGAAAUUCGUCAUCAAACCACCGCGGGUCAUGGAUGAUAUUCCUUUCGAACAAUGCCGUCAGUUCCUUAAGCUUAAAUUUACAAACAAAGGAAUAGAUGCCGUCAACAUAAGCAACAUUCUUCGUCAUAAAAGGGUUCAGUCGUGUAUUCCACCUUUAUUUCAAGUUCAGGUCUACACCCUGUAUUUCCUACAGAAUUACUUUUACUAUUGCAUCCAAACUUUAUAAUCAUAAACAAACUUUGUAGACCUAGAUAUAGACCAUCUUAUACGUAAUCCACCUACGUGUUCUUAAUUUUCAUCUUCUUUUAACUAUAGUCCAGCUGGACAUGUCAUUACUGGUGAUAUUGAUAUAGCUGAAAAUGAGGACCCCAAAUCACUUAUUUUAAAAGAUCCAAAAUACAGAGAACCUUGGUCUUUCAAAUGGCAACAGAACUUCAUCUCUAUUAUGAAUUCUGUGUAAGAUUAUACCAGGCGAUGGCCUAACUAUGAAGAAAAACAACUUGAUAUAUUCUCAGAAUGGAUUAAAAGUAUAAGAGGAAUAUUAAAAUCCCGCAUUAGACACAUGGAAAUAAAAAUACGUACCAUCUAUCCUUCUGUGUUUAGUAAACCAGAAGUAAUAAAAGAAUUGGAUAGGUUACAUGAGGAAUAUGUUUUGAUUUGAUUUGAACAUAUUUUAUUGUAUAAAUAUACAAAGGGAUUGGUUACAGGUUCUAGCAACUUAGACAACCUCUCCCGUAUACAAAAUAUAUUAUGUUAUACAUGUACAAAUAAAGAUUUUCAUACCACAGAAAA